AUGGGAGCUUUUACUCUUCCUUCAACAGAAGGCCGCACCAUCGCAGUACUUGGUGGCGGAGUGCUCGGCCGUCGUAUCGCAUGUGGCUGGGCUGCAAGUGGAUUUGACGUUGUCAUUCGCGACCCAAGUCCUGAGCAAAGGGCUGCUGCCGUGGAAUAUUGCAACACGAGCAUGUCCCUGUUCUCCUAUUCUGAAACAAGAGGAACUGUCGCAGCGGUUGAGGAUCUUUCAGAGGCUGUUGUGAAUGCAUGGCUCGUCAUCGAAGCCGUCCCCGAGAAACUUCCUCUCAAGAUCUCAACUUUUGCAGACUUGGAGAAUCUCACGCCUCACGACGCCAUUCUCUGCACCAACUCGUCAUCUUACAAGUCAAGAGAGAUGAUCGGGGGUCUCCAGCCAGAUACGAGACGACGCGUUCUGAACAUGCACUAUUACAUGCCACCGGACAACGUAGUCGUCGAGCUCAUGACGGACGGCGAGACCGAUGAGAGUAUCUUUCCAUUCCUGUAUAAGAAGCUUGAGGAUAUCAAGUUUCACCCCUACAUCGCACUCAAAGAGUCAACUGGCUUGAUCUUCAACCGUCUCUGGGCUGCCAUCAAGCGCGAGGUGUUGAACAUUCUGGCGGAAGACGUGUCUACCCCAGAGGAGAUCGAGAAGCUUUGGAAGGAGAUGUGGCCUGGCAAAGACAGGGGACCUGUCGGGAUGAUGGAUGCCGUCGGUCUUGAUACUGUGUCUUUCAUUGAACAGCAUUACAUUGCUGAGCGUGGCUUGCCUGAAACGCCUAUCAAGUUCCUUCAGAAGUACAUUGAUGAGGGCAGGUUGGGAGCCAAGUCUGACAAAGGUGGAUUACUCCCUCCAAGAAAAACUGCCGUGCCAGAUCAUGAAACCUCGCUCUACUUCUUAGACAUUGGCUUGUCCAGCGGGAACGCAAAAGGUUAUGCUUCAGCUGGCCGCGUUUUGGUCGGCUCCAGUGACAGGAAGCCGAUGAAGACGCUUGUCUCAGGCCAGCGCUUGCCUGAUGGUAUCGACAUCUCCAAGUCCACUGGAAAGCUCUUCUGGACCUGCAUGGGCAACCCUUCGGCAAAUGACGGUGCUGUUUUCAGCUGUAAUCUCGAUGGUACUGACCUAAAGGAAAUUGUCCCUCAAGGGCUGGUUCAUACACCAAAACAGCUGACUGUCGACAACACCAAUUCUAAGCUAUACUUUGCUGAUCGUGAGGGAAUGAGGAUCAUGAGAUGCAACUUUGAUGGCUCUGAACUCGAAGUCUUGGUCCAAACGGGUGAUUGGCAGGUCGAUGAGCAUACGCUAGACCCUACAAGAUGGUGUGUCGGAAUCACAGUAUCACCUUCCACUGGCAAGUUCUACUGGACGCAGAAGGGUCCGUCCAAGGGCGGAAAGGGUCGUAUUCUUCAGGCCAAUAUCGACUUCCAACCAGGCGAGGAUGCAAAGACCAGGACAGAUAUCGAGGUUCUGUUCCAGGGCUUACCAGAACCUAUUGAUCUGGAGGUCGAAGAGGAUGACAAUGUUCUCUACUGGACGGACAGAGGCGAGCUACCAAAUGGCAACACCAUCAACCGCGCCAAGCUUGACGGGGUCACGAAGGUGACGCACGAUGGUGCAAGUCAAUCUGGCAAAGACUAUGAAAUCCUUGCUCGGGGAUUGCAUGAGGCUAUCGGAAUUAAGAUAGACUCUAAGAACCGUCAUAUUUUUGUUACUGACUUGGGAGGCUCGGUGUAUCAGUUUGAUAUAGAUGGCGGUAACAGGAAGAGGGUAUAUGAAGGAUCUGGUGCCUUUGCGGGCAUCACUGUGGCCUAG